UGUUGGUGAUCAACACAGUUAAGCUCGAGCUGUGCCUCAGUUUGUAUACAUGCAAGGAGAACCUAACCUCAUUCACAAUGCUCCAAAAUGCCAAUCAAGAUUCCAAUUUUCCAUAUGAACCUUCGUUGUACACAAUUAAAGGCAUAGCCAUAUUGGAUAACGAUGGCAAUAGGAUACUUGCCAAAUACUACGACAAAAAUGUUUUUCCCACAUCCAAAGAACAGAAAGCCUUUGAAAAAAACCUGUUUAACAAAACUCACAGAGCUAACGCAGAAAUUAUCAUGCUGGAUGGGUUGACGUGUGUGUACAAGAGCAAUGUCGAUUUGUUUUUCUAUGUUAUGGGCAGCUCGCAUGAAAACGAGCUUAUUUUGAUGAGUGUAUUAAAUUGUUUGUAUGAAUCCGUCAGUCAUAUCCUUCACAAAAAUGUUGAGAAACGGGCAAUGCUCGAUGGUUUAGAUAUUGUUAUGCUUGCAGUUGAUGAAAUUUGUGAUGGAGGUAUUAUUCUUGAUGCUGAUGCAACAAGUGUAGUUCAAAGAGUUGCUCUGAGGGCAGAUGAUAUACCUCUGGGUGAACAAACAGUGGCACAGGUCCUACAAUCAGCCAAAGAACAGUUUAAAUGGUCCAUAUUAAAAUAA